AUGCAUACUAAUCUAAGAGCAUAUAUAUAUUUGUCCUAUGCAGGAAUUAUUUAAAAAUAUCUAUCUAUCUAUCUAUCUAUCUAUCUAUCUAUCUAUCAAUCAUCUCUACGUGCAAUAUGAACUGAUACAUGAAAGUUACUCGGACAUGUCAAAGUAGGGCUGCAGCGGGGCUAUACUUCAAUGUAUUUGACAGGAUGAGAGUGAGAAUGUGUUGAAUUUAUAUAACAUAGUCAUGAGGUAAACCAAGAUGAUCAAUGCCUUCCCGUCGUGUGAUCUGCGAUAAGCUUAAAGCUGCCUGCUGGUGAAACAUUAACCUCCUCUUCAUAAAACAAUGCGCCAUGCCUCAUGCUUAAACACUAGGACACUGAGAGGAUACUGGAGAUCAUGUAACGGGAUUAACAGACUGCAAAAAACCAUGGGCGGACAGACAGUCUGGAUGACUCUGAGCUUCAAUUUUCUGCUCUACCACUGCAUGAUUUCUGUGAUGAUACCAGCCAUAAUUGUACUGGCAACACAUGUCCAGGUCGACAAGCUCAGAAAGUCAAAUGAAAGCACACAAGUCAAAUCUACACAGGAACACUUAGAGGAAGCUUUUGAAGAGCAGGGCUACUACUUGCAACGCCUGUUUCUUCAGUAUGGGGACAAUGGGACUUUGACCUAUGAGGGCCUGCAGAAGUUGCUAGGCAGUUUAGGUCUUGGGGAGGUCAGUGUCCUGGAGAUCCGAUAUGGUGGAGUGAAGCAUUCUUCUCAACCCCAAUCCCAUUCCCACUCACAUGAAGACCAUCAUGAUCCUCAAAGGACUACAAACUCACCUCCACUCAAAGAAAGACCUCACAUUAAAUCAGUGCUCAGUGGAUCUAAUGCAGAAUCGGGUCACUCAGACUAUUUUCCACACCCUGGUCUAAGACAUGAACUGGAAGAAAGUGUGUCACCACUGUCCGACCAUCCGACGGAGAAACACCUUCAUGGGAAUUGUCUAAAUGUUACCCAGCUCCUGUGGAACUUCGGGUUAGGCCAAGCGUCCCAUAUCACUCCUGCCCAUUUCACCUUCCUGUGUCCUGCCCUCCUGUACCAGAUUGACAGCGGAGUGUGUCUGCGGCACACAGAGGAGCAGUCACAGGGAAGCAAAACCAGCGAGGGUUUCCUGAGAGCACUAGGAUGGGCCUCCUUGGCACUCUUUGUUAUCAGUUUGCCUUCCCUGGUUGCCCUGGGACUGGCGCCCCUGCUUCAACCUUCCAUCCUUCAAAUAUUUCUCUGCCCGAUGGCUGGCAUGGCAGUGGGCACGUUAUGCGGAGAUGCCCUCCUGCACCUCCUGCCCCAUGCCAUCUUCAGUCAGCACAUUGAACAUCAGGACGCUGUUUUCAAGGGUCUGAGUGUGUUGGGAGGACUUUACCUUCUGUUUGCCUUUGAGAGCCUUCUGGGACUUAAACAACAUUUCAAGAAUUUAAAGAAAAGGAAACAUGAUGCAGAGUCUGGAAGGGAGCUGGAUGCACUACAGGGUACCUCAUCAGCCAAUCAGAAUGAGAGUUCAGGGCAUGGCCAUUCUCAUGGGCAGCUUGGACCAGGGAAGAUAGGCAUCAGAAGCAUGGCAUGGAUGGUGGUCAUGGGAGAUGGGAUACAUAACCUUACAGAUGGACUAGCCAUUGGUGUAGCAUUUUCUCAGAGUCUGACGGGUGGACUCAGCACUACAAUCGCUGUGUUCUGCCAUGAGCUUCCUCAUGAGUUAGGCGAUUUGGCGUUGCUGUUGGCUGCAGGCUGGCCUAUACGUAGACUGGCUGUGUUUAGCGUCAUCUCUGCUCUGCUGGGCUUUGUUGGUGUUUUAACAGGAACUGCACUGGGAAACCAGUGGGCGACACACUCACCUUGGAUUCUCACCAUCACCGCUGGGGUCUUCCUUUAUGUUGCUCUUGCUGACAUGAUGCCUGAAAUGCUUCACGGAGAUGCUGGAUCUCUGAGCCCUCUGAAGCGCUUCGUCCUGCAGAGUCUGGGUCUGCUGAUAGGGGGCGUCAUCAUGCUUUGCAUUGCCCUUUUUGAGGACCAUAUUGCUGUUAGCCUGGGAGAAGUCUAAGGAUAUGAAGACUUUCUAAAGGAGAUCCUCAUGAUGUCACACCAGAAUUUCCAUCCAAGCAGUAGUAUUAUGUACUUGCCUCAUCCCAUAAUGAACUACCGUGUGGAUAUUCUGAAGAAAGUGCACUGGAUGGAUUGCUAUAAAAAGAGAUACAUUGGGAAGAACUCGUAUAUACACAUCCUUGGGCAACUUCUUUUCAACCUAAGCUUAAUUUUAUGUAAAAACAUGAAUGAUGACAUCUACAGAAAAUUCCAGGGCUUAUCUAAAAGAAUGGUCUGAUGAGAGUGUUUCAGGCCUGAUGUAAAGCUCACUUAUGAGUUGAAUGCAGUGUCAUCAGUACGUUUCUCGUUUAUCAUAUAAAUGUUUAUAUGUCUUGCAACUUUAAACAAUGCUUUUUUUAAAAUGGUGUAUUGAUGGUUGUUAAAAUUAUAAAAAUUAACCAACUUUUUAACAACCAUAAUGUUAUUGUUUCCAGAAAAGGAGCAUUUAUGUAUUUAUAGUCAUAAUGAAGUUAUGGCUAUUAGUUAUAAUUUUAGUUCGUUUCAUAAUUUUAACCUGAAUAAUUUCAAACAUUGCAAAGUAACACUUUACAAGAAACAUUUUUCUAAAUAAAAACCUAAUAUUUAGUUAAAAGUAUCUCUUCUUGACAGUCAUAUUAAUAUGGAAGCUUGUUUCUGCCACAGAAUAAAAAGUAAAGGUAAUUUGACUUUUUCCCCCGCAGAAGUGUCACAAUUUUGUUUAUAUAUAGUACAUAUAAGUUUAUAUUUCACACAGCUUAUAAGGAAAAGUCUGAUUUGGGAGAUACAAACUCAGAAUUGCAAGAUAAGUUAGAAUUGUGAGUGACAAUUACCUUUUAAAUUUUUUAUUCUAGAAAUAAACUUCCAUUUAUUCAGAUGAUUUGCUAAAAAGAGACAGAAAAAAAUCAACUUAGUCCUGAAUUUGGCUUUGAGCUGCUGUAAAUUAAUUUGAACCAGAAGUUAAAAUCCCCAUAUGAUCAUGUAAUAUAUAGUCUGUUACAACAUGGUAACAUUUUGUAGUGUUAAGAGCAACAAAAGAAAGACACUCCACAACAAGUUGUAUGUAGCAAUAGCAUUUUAUUUCAACAUUACCAAUUCUAAGCCACGAUACUGAAUGACAAGACCUACUGGCUGCAGCAGUUCAUGAACCUGACUAACAAAAACAUAUGGGAUAUUUUUUUUUGUCUUUAAAGUCAGAGAGACCAAUUCAUUUUUAAUAAGCUCAAAUUAAAAAUGAUUAUGUUCUUUCUUACUUAAAUACAUGUACAGAGUUUCACAUCUGUUAGUAACAAGUAACCAUUCACAAGCUCAUACUAUGAAUUAACAAGGCAAAGUGCUUUCAGGAUUGCAUUGUCACAUAAGGAAAUGAAUGGCUUGAGGUCUUUUUGUGGGGUUGAAAGGGUGAGGGUUCACCUUCCUCAGGUCUAGGAAGGGGGUCACGUGACCGUCCUGACAGAUUCAGGCAGAAUCUGCCGAAUUCGCCCCGUGCCCCCAGGUCCAAAAUGGAUAUGUACAGAGGUACAAAGUUGGCAGGGUGGCGGAUAGCUAACGCGGAUUAGCCAGUGACCGGAGUAGUGUUUUUGGAAGGGCGUAAGGCUAGGGAACUCUACAUACCCCAUAUUUUAGUACAGAAUGAAUGUGCAUAACUCAAACCAACCAACCCCCUUUCAAACCCCCACCACCAGUAGAAAAUUGAGUUGUUGCUUCAGUACCAAAGUCAUACAACCAUCCACGCACUCUACUGAACUCGACCAGAUACACGUACAUACCAUGAAGAGCUGUAAACUUGAGUUCAGAGCGCUCACAGUGAACAUUUAGAAGUGAGAGAAAGUGAAAGAGACAAAGAAAUAGAGGGAAAAACGAGCACGAAAUGUAAGUGCCAGCUAGUAUAGGCUGAUAUUUUUCCCUGUUUUGUCAAAAUAAAGCAAAGAAAGGAGCGAUAGAGGCAAGACACAUAUGACAUCAUUUGAAAUAUAAUGGGGGAGAAAAGUGGAUUCGAAGAAAAAAAAACAAAACAAAAAAAAAUCAUAAUACAGUCUGGCUUCACAUUCCAGUGGUACUCUGUUGUGUAUACACUUACAAAUAUCAUGUUACACACAGACACACAGUCAAGUACGCUAACUGUCGUCUUAUAAUCACCGAUUGUUGGUUAUAAGUUAUAUAUCUGUUCAUAUACAUAUAUAUUUCCAUUUGUCAUCAACAAUUGGUGGAGUUUUCAAUGCAUCAAGCUGUAACACAGAGGUAGGAUAAUGCUACUUAAAAUGCCUCACGUUUCACUAAUUCUAAACCAUUGUGUCGGCGAUGGGUCAGGCUUGAAGCGGAGCGGCAGGUUUUUACGCAAGCAAGUGGUGAUCUUAUUGGUUGAUACGGAAUCGGUGUGAUGUCGUAGACCCUGCAAUGGUUCCAGGCUUCUGCUGGUGAUGGUAUCUCCUACACGUUCAACUUAAAGACAGGAUAAGAAUAUUUGCAGAUAUGUCGAUGAGGUAUACAGGGUUGAUAUGACCCCUGUUUGUCGCACUCGCACGCACAACACACACACACACUGGGUGCUGCCCUACACAAUCGCUUGCAAGGUUUCCAUCGUCGAAACAAUUAGCGGAGAACGGCUUGGAGUUCAAUACUCAAGUAAAUAGUGCAGUUUUGUGGCUUUUUUUUUUUUUAAAGUCAGGGUCACAUUUCCUUCACGUUGUAAUGCUUUUCAAAUACUUGGCAUGUUCAAGCAGAGCUUGGAAGCAGUGAUAGUAACCCUGUUUUAAGGGGAAUCCAUCUCAGCCGCUCGGUUCUGCGUUUCGGCGAUGGAAACACAGCCACGGUGUAGUAUUUUUGCUUUUUUUGUAACAGCAAUCUUUUGGAAAGUCUUAAAGACGGCGGGUCCUAGUGAAACUGGAUUCAAACACGGGACGCAGGAGGUCCGCUCGAUUAAAGCCAGUCGCUUCGAAAUGGCCAAAUCCUGCACGCAUCCAAUUCACAUUCAGUUUGACUGAAAUAAGGCUCUCUCAGCACUGAAAUCUCUUAUGUCAGAUUCAGUUACAAGAAGAGGGUGUUAACCUAAGGUGCCACAGAUUACAUAGCCAGGCCAAAAGCAGCCAGAGCCAACAAAUCUUUAGAAAUAUACAAUUGUCUCUUGAUACUUGUAUUGCUUGUUCUUGAAUGAAAUCAAGUGGCCAUCUCUACAGAGACAUACAUUGGUCCUAUGUUGUGAAAUACUAGAUUACUUUAUUCAGUGUGCUCCCUGUGAUAUCAAAUAUGAAAUCAUUGAUUGCUUGAAGCCAAAAUGAAGGACCUUAAAGUAAGUUACAACUUAAGGUUUUCUGAAGAUUAUUAUAUGACUUCUGGUAUUGGUUGUCAACGGUACUUCUGUUUUGUACAAUGAAAUUCAAAAGGAAUGUUUCUUUAUGAUACAGGUUCCAUUUUUUUGUUUAUUUUUUAAAACUUACAAAGACAUUUAAAUGACAAAUAUUGGGAUCUUGAUGUCAGAAAACAAAAGAAAACUGAUCCAAAGAUAAGCAAUGAAAUGUUCUUUGGUACCGCAUAACAUAUGGCCCAAAGUUCAAAUGUUGUGUGGGGAGAAAUAAAACCCUGCAUAUUUCACUGCUGACGACAACAACAACAACAACAACAUUCAAGAUACCAUUUCCAAGUAGAACUAUCACAUCUCUAAUCCAAAAAAAAAAAAAGAAAAAAAAGAA